AAAGCAUGAGCAUAUGCAGCUAUAGAAAUGUUAUAGCUUUUGCUGGGGCACAGGUCUCUCUUAGCACACAAUUAUACAGCCAUGCUUUUAAGUUUCCAUAUUUACUUGCUCAAUUCUUGAUAUUGAGAAGGUGUAAGCAGUUGACGCGUGGAGUUUAGUUUUACAUAGGUUAAGCAAGCAAAUAUUGUUUUAGAUCAAACCUCGAAACCACAUUCACAAAGAAGAUAUGGCCACCUUUAGAUCGUUUUAUUCGUGCUUAUAACAGCACCACUUACUUGCAGCCGACGUUUCUCGGACUUCAGAAAUGUCGACGCGUGGGCGUAGGGUUCUCCAAAGGUAGUGCAUUUUUGGAGAGUCCGGCACGGGUGAGGCAACAUUUUUGGAGAGUCCGAGCAACCUAACGUGCAGCUAACCCUAUAAAUAAUGAUUCUCAAAGUCCAUUCUUAUGAUGCUUGUGGAUUACGGUGGUUCUGUUUUCCCCAGCAUUGCUCACUCCCCGUGGAAUGGGGUCCGCUUGGCAGACUUUGUAAUGCCUUUCUUCCUCUUUGUUGUUGGAGUUUCCCUGGCUAUUGUAAAUAAGAUAGUCAUAGACAGAACUGGGGGGACCUUGAAAGUUGUGAUUAGGACAUUGAAACUUUUUAUCCUUGGCAUUUUCCUUCAAGGGGGUUACUUGCAUGGAAUCACUGGUUUAACCUAUGGUGUAGAUAUUGAAAGAAUACGAUGGAUGGGAAUUUUGCAGAGAAUAGCUGUUGGAUAUAUUGUAGCAGCUUUGUGCGAGAUCUGGCUUCCAUGUCAGGGGAUGAAAACAGUUGCCCUUUUCAGAAAUUACAUUUGGCAAUGGUGUAUCAUGUUCCUAUUGUCUGCUAUACAUUGUGGGUUGUUGUAUGGUCUGUAUGUACCUGACUGGAAAUUCAGUGUGUCACAGUCAACAGGAAGCACCAUUUAUGAGGUAAAAUGUUCUGUUAGAGGAGAUUUUGGACCUGCAUGUAAUUCUGCUGGAAUGGUUGAUCGCUAUAUUCUUGGAAUAAAUCACCUCUAUGCAAAACCUGUAUAUAGAAAUAUGAAGGAAUGCAAUGGAUCCAACAUGCCAUCUUGGUGUCAUGCCGCUUUUGAUCCUGAAGGCAUUUUAAGUUCGCUAACAGCUGCUGCCACAUCCAUCAUUGGACUGCAGUACGGUCACAUACUUGUCCAAUUUCAGGAUCAUAAAGAUCGGCUAUACAGUUGGUCCGUCCUCUCGUUUUCACUUCUUGUGGUUGGUUUGUUCCUUGACUUCAUAGGUGUUCCCUUAAACAAAUCGCUGUACACGAUAAGUUAUAUGCUGGUAACCUCAGCUGCUGCUGGAAUCACAUUCUGUUUGCUAUAUUUAUUGGUGGAUAUUUAUGGUUGGAGGCGUUUGAUGUUCGUUUUAGAGUGGAUGGGAAAGCAUUCUCUUAGUAUCUUUAUUCUCAUAACAUCAAAUAUAGCUGUAAUUAUAAUUCAAGGAUUUUAUUGGAGAGAUCCUCAUAAUAACGUUGUUCGUUGGGUUGUGACACAAUUCGUACACAAAUGAUACCCCAGCUCCAUGAGUUCCUUACACAAGUUCCUUCUCUGAAUUGUCAACAAGUGCAAGAUGCAGAACUUGUAUCGGUAUUAAUGUAGAGAUCAGGUAUCUGUAUUAUUGCUUGUACUAGUGACCCAUUUGUCAAUGCUUGUAGUCUUGGUUAUUCAGAUGCUUCAACCUGGCUUUUAUUUUUUAGUACUUAAAAAGGAUGUUGAUUGAAAAUAACCUAUCAUACCCUGCUGCUCUGUGCCUUGGAGAUGAAGCAGUGCCACAGAAAGAGUGUCUAUAAAUGUACACAGUGACAGAAAUAUUUUCUCCUGUAAGUAUCAAUGAUGACAUACUUGUCUAUUGUAUAAACAAGGGAAAUCCUAUAUUGCUGCCUAACUAGUAACUAAUUCAGUAGCUCAAAUGUUUCAAUGUAUAAUUGAUUCUUACUAAAUAACAUCUGUGAGCAUUUAGCUACUUUAAUGCACCACUGUUUUGUAAUUUGUGGUCUCUAUUCUCUUUCCAAUUUUGCAUUUGUAAUGCUUGUUAUACCUACUUAUUCUUUAAAUAAAACUGAUAAGCUCUUUCUGAA